AUGGGGUCUCAGGUGCCACUGGAACCCCGGGGCCGUGACUCAGGCCCCUUGUUCAGUGGGGUUGCUCCUGAAAUUAUCGAGGACACACUGAUCCACUUGGCCACGGAGAAUGAGCAGUACUUGAGUGAGCUGCCCGAGCAUGCUGGGUACUUCAAAGAUACACGGAUCGUGGAGUUUAUCUUCCUUUUGUCUGAAAAAUGGCGCUUGGACCAAUCCACACGGUACCAGGCAGUGGAGUUACUUGAACGGUUUAUGAUCAAGCAGGUAGAGCAGAUGUGCAAUGACAGAGGGAACGCUAAAGGUCGUGACCAAGGGCAGAGGAGCAGCUGGAGCUCUGUGAGGGAUCAGAUAACCAACACCUUUGUCCUGCGCCUCGUGUCGUGUGUUCAGCUCGCCAGCAAACUCUCUCUGCACUACAGUAGAGUGACCAGUGACACAGCUUUAAAAUUUCUGCAGUCCUUAAAAUACUCCUACACUAAACAGGAAUUGCUGGAGUCAGAGCUUGCUGUUUUAAACACUCUGCACUUCCACAUCAAUGUGUCAACUCCGUUGGCCUACGUGGAAUUGCUUCUGGAGGUUCUAGGAUACAAUGGCUGCUUGCUUCCUGCCAAACCCUUACACCAGCUGUGUGUGCAGCUGCUGGACUUCUGCUACCUGACCAGAGAGACCAUCUAUGACACUCUGCUGAAGAUCGCCAUUGAAAAUUCCACACCAAGCAAACUGCAGAUAGCCAAGUUUUUAACAGUGAAGGAAGAUUUCAUGCUCUUGGCUGUUGGAGUCAUCAGUACAGGUGUGUUCAUCCUGAGCCCUGGGCACUGGGAGCAGGUUGUGGAGCAUUUAAACUGCAUCACUGGCAUUUCUCCAGAAAGUAUCCUGGAGUUCUCCUAUGCUGUGGUGAGGCGCAUAGUUGGCAGCACCACACCCAAGCAGCACCGUGGGAACUGUGGAACCAAAUCUCCCGCGGACAGAAUUCUGCCUCAGAAAUAGAACCACCCUGUCCAUCCAGUCACUGCCUCAGCAGCAGGAACUGUCAUGCUGCUGACAACUGUGACACUGCCCA